UUGAUUAACUAACACAAGAAGUAUAGUUAUCUUCAUAUUCGGUUUAGGUUUGAAACUACUUUAGUUGGUGACUAGUGAUAUUCAAGAAAUUGUUAUAUUUAAUUUAAAACCGAUGUUUCAUACUUUCCUAGUGGUUUUAAUAUGUAUAUUUUUUAAUUAGUAACAUCCUUUGUGUAGUGCUUUGGUUUUAUUGAAAUUGUUUCUAACUCAGACCCUGAAAGGUCUUUAACCUUAGCCAUCAGGUUGUUCAUGGUGUCAAAUUUUUUAGAAACUUAAAGAAAAAUUAGGAAUAGGGAGGUAAAUUAAGGUUAAGCUGUAAACAAAGCUGAGGAAAUGAAACAAAGCUCAGCAGAACAACAGAAGAAGAAACUAAAACAAGCGAGAUUACCUUUUCAAAUAUUGAGUCCUGGCGUCAAGAAUCCUGUAGCAGACACUCCUCCUCAGCGGAAAAGAAAAGCAACUGAAACCGAGUCAGAUAAUGAUGUCAGUAGAUGUGAGCCAGGAGAUAUUAAGGAGAACCAUGUCUCACCGUUGGAGAAGAAAGCAAAGGUCAUAAGUAGUGGUGGUGUGGAUAAGGAAACCAGUGACUUAAAGACUGAAAGUGCUAAGCAAGAAAAUGGAAACAAGGACAGUGUGUUAGUUCAAGUUGAAAAGUCGCCUGAAACUGAAAAGUCUGUAGCCCCUAAAACGCCAGUGGCUAAAAAGAGGGGUAGAAAAAGCACUACACCAAGUAAUUCUGCUAAAAAAAACAAGACUGAUUCUAGUCAAAAAGGUAAAGGAAGUGGAAAGAAAGGAGGUGUAACAGGACCAAAAGGAAAUGAUAAAAAGAGCAAAGAAACUUCAAAUACUAAGAAUGAAAUCGUAGAUUUUAUUGAUCUUAGUGAUUCACCAUGUAAAAGAAAUGAUGACAAAGAAAAGUCGGUCCAGCCUACUGUGCCAAAAUACAAAGAUGAAAUUAAAACAGAAGAAAUCAGUAAACAGAACCAAACAAUUAAAGAGGGCAGUAAAGGAGCUGGACAAAACACGGAAUCAAUCAAGAAAUCAGAAGAAAAGACGGUAAAAGAGAGCAAUGAUAAAAGUGAUGAACGUUUAGAAAAUGAGUUAGUAGAGGAAAAUGAUAAUGAGGAAACAACAGCAACAAAGAAAAAGAAUGUUAAUAAUUGUAAAGAUAAAGCUGAAAAAAUCAAUGACAAACAAUCUACAGAAUGUGUUGAUGAUAGUUCAACUGACAAAAUAACUCAAGAUGUUUCAAAGAAAAGUGAACAAAAGAAUACUCUAGACAAACCUGAUAAUCCAACAUCCCAUACAGAGGACGAGGCUGUACAGAUCAAUGAAAUAGCAUCUUCUUCAGAAAAGUGUGACUCAGAGUCAGAGAAGUCAAAACAAGAUGAUUUGAACUCCAGUCUUCCAAGAUUAUCUUCUCAAUCUUCUCUAGAUAAUUCAUUGUCGUCACCUUCAUCUACAAACGAGUCCCUGACAAAUAGCAACACUCCGUCAGUCCCCAACACACCCGCUUCAACUCCGGGAACUUCGGCUAAAAAAUCAUUUAAAAGCCCUAUGACGACUCCUCGUAGUAUGACUCCCAAGCAGUUAAUGAAGUUUAAAGAAAAAGAGGAGAAAAAGAAGGAGAAAGAACGCCUAAAACAAGAAAAGGAGAAAAAGAAGGCUGAGGAAAGAGAGGAAAAGAUGAGACAAAAACUGGAAAAAGAGGAAGAGAAACAAAAGUUGAAACAAGAGAAAGAAGAGGAGAGGAAGAAAGAGAAAGAGGAAAGGGAGAAAAAGAAGCAGGCAGAAAUUGAGCAGAAAAAUGAAGAGAGAAGGCUAAAAGAGGAGGAAAAACAGUUGAAAGCAGAAGAGAAGCGUGCAAAGGAAGAAGAAAGGAGAAAAAAGGAGGAGGAAGAAAAAAAGAAGAAAGAGGAGAAAAGGUUGAAAGAAGAGCAAAAAGAGGCUGAAAAACGCAAGUCUGCCCAGGCAUUUGCUAGUUUCUUUGUUAAAUCCGAAACAAAGGUAGCUGAUGAGACUAAAGAAAGUGCUCCAGUUGAAUCCAGUUUUCAGCCUUUUGAGGUGAAGAACGACAUGAGGUUGGCACCACUGGUAAGGGUACAACUGUCUAAGGAACGAAAACAAAUGCUGGAGACUGUAGUGGACUGUACUGCCAAUGGAGUGGGGCAGAGAUUGUAUCUGGAGGAGGUGAGAAGCCCCUCCUACACAAGAGGUUCGGCUACCACAACCUGGCCAGCACCCGAUGACACUGAAGAUGAUGUCAUCAUUGUUGAGUCUGAAAAACCAAAUGAAGAAAUAGAAGUGAAAAGUGCAGAGACUGGGAAAAAAUCUGAGAAGAGGAGGCACAGAGCAAAACUUCUUCAGUUCCAUGAAAACAGGAGGCCACCAUAUUGGGGAACUUGGCGCAAGAAGAGCGGAUGUAUCAGACCUAGAGCACCUCUCAAUCAGGAUAAGACCAUGUUCGAGUAUGAUAUAGACUCGGAUGAUGAAUGGGAGGAGCCAGAAGAUGGAGAGAGUCUGCGAGGUUCAGAGGAUGAGGAGUCCCAGGAUGAGCAGUACGAGGAGGACAAUGAUAUGUUUGUGCCUCACGGGUACCUCAGUGAUGAAGAGGGACAGGAUGAACUAGACGAUAAGUCCCCUGAAGCCAUGAAAGCGAGGCUGAAAUUCCUUCAGAUGGAGUUUGAGGCAGAAAGGAAUGAGAAACAGGAGAAACUGAAGCCUCGUCUGAUUGGCUGUGUCUGGUUCUGCAACUCUGUGUCUGAUUCCUCUAGUGUGGGCAGUCACAUAGCAGAACUGUUCCUGUCGCGGAGAGCAGUGUGGGAGGGCACCCUGCCAAUCAGUGUUGCCGCCCCUCUACCCUCCAGUCCUACCACGCCUUCAGGAACUAACAACGAAAACGAGGAUUCCAGAGGUGCUAAGAGGAAACUAGUCCAUGAAUCGAUGAUUCCACACAUCAUCCGGAAAGUCCAUGGAAGCCGUAGGAAACUGACCAAGCUUAUGAAAGAGUUGCUGGAGGAGCAACACGAGCCUUGCCCCCAGCCGUCCAAGCGUUGCCUGGCAGACAAGAUACGGGAGAUAGCGUCGUGGACACAUAACAGUGAGACUGGUCACCAUUGCUGGUAUGUGAAGGAGGAGGUACGACAAACACAUGGCCUGAUGGAUCUGAUCAUCAAGUCCUCCCCCCCUCCACCUACCCCUCCCGCCACCCCCACCACAAACAUCACCAAGUUCACCAAAGUGUUAACUUCGGACACGAGCGGCUCAAACUGCUCAGUAACAUACAUCACCUUGUGCUUCAUCUACAAGACCAGCGUCAAUAAGUCUCCACGCAAGUUUUAG